AUGGCAUCACCUGAAAUCCCAAAAACUUGCAAGGCAGGAUGUGUCUCCAAUAACGGGCCCGACUUUACUAUUUCCAUUGAAGACGUCCCAGUACCUGAACCUGGACCCAAUGAGCUCUUACUUCGUCUGAACGCAACGGGAGUCUGCUACUCUGACCUGCACUACAUGAUGGAAGACCUAGACAUGCCGACUAUGCGGCAAUCUGCUAUACUCUCCCCGGGUCAUGAAGGAGCGGGAGUCGUUGUGAAAGUUGGACGCGAUGUGAAGAGUUGGAAGGUGGGUGAUAGAGGUGGAGUGAAGCCGAUAUGGGACGUCUGCGGAGAUUGUGAGUUAUGUUGGGACGGGACGCACGAGACAUAUUGUUCGAAGGCUGUCUUCACUGGUUUGGCUGUUCCUGGCACAUAUCAGCACUACAUCACAUCCCCGGCAAAAUACACGACGAGGAUUCCAGACAAUGUUGAUGACUUUACAGCUGGACCAAUUAUGUGCAGUGGCUCUACGAUUCAUACCAGUCUUGUGGCUUCUCAGCUGAAAGCUGGUAAUUGGGCUGUGUUUCCUGGAGGGGGAGGUGGAGUAGGCCACAUGGGCAUACAACUUGCGCGAGCAAUGGGUAUGAGAGUCAUUGCCAUCGAUGGGGGAGAACAGAAGCGCGCUCUGUGUCUUGACACUCUCGGCGCUGAGGCUUUCAUCGAUUUUACGCAGGUCAAAGACGUUGCCGCCGAGGUAGUCCGCAUCACCGACGGAAAGGGUGCCCACGGUAUCUUUGUAACUGCUGGUAACAAAGCUGCGUAUGAGAGUGCGCCGAGAAUGGCGAGAAUUGGGGGCAAGGUCAUGUGUAUCGGACUCGCUCCUAGUGGGACUGCAACUGUUUGUGCUGAGCCAGGCUGGUUCAUCUUCAAGAAUCUCCACGUUAUUGGAACGAUGGUGGGCUCGACGAAAGAUACUGAUGCAGCGCUGGAUUUCGCUGCUCGAGGGUUAUUGAAACCUAUAUAUGAGAAAUUCCCGAUUAGCAAGCUCCCAGAUGCAGUUCAGAAAUUGAGGGAUGGAAAGGUAGCUGGUAGAUGUGUUGUGGAUUUCAAUUCAUAG